CCCCACGUUCACCAAGCCGAUCGGAGCGACGAGCAGCGAUGAACGCCCACCUCCAGAUACGGCGGAGCUUCUCGAUCGUCCGGAGCGCGGCGUCGCGGCGGAGCGCCGCCGCCUCCUCCUCCUCCUCCGUCUCCCGCGCCCUACACUACGACAACCCCUGCGACGACGCCGACGAGGGGGAGCGGCUCCCCGCCAGGCGGCCAGAGCCGAAGAGCCUCUACCGGUCCAUCCUCCGCAUGACCCGGUUCUUCCAGUGGCCCGACCCGCGCGGCGUCCCGAUGAGGGACGUGCUGCGGGAGCAGGCGCGGAGGGAGUUCGAGGCGGCGCGGCUCGAGAAGGACCCCGAGGUCGUGGGCCGGCUGCUGGACGGCGCCGGCGAGGCGGUGCACGCCGCGCUCGAGAAGGUCGCCGAGGGGCAGAGGCGGAAGAUCGAGAGGCUCGCGGCGGAGAAGAAGCAGGCCGAGCAGCAGGUGGAGAAGCAUCGUGCGGGUGGACAGUGAUGUCGCGUGGGUUUGCUGAUCGGAUGGUGAAUGCUGUGCAAAUUAUGAAGCCGUCAAGUUUUUUUCUCGUCUUUUCUUUUACCCUUUAGCCGAAACAUGAUGAAGAAGGUGAUCAGAUGCCGUGCUGUCUCUCUACUUGAACGACAUGAUCUUGUGAUGUUGUCGGAGAAAGACUGGAGAAAGAGGAUGCAGCUCAUGUGUUUGUGGAAUUUACUGAACGAGCUUCUGAAUUAGUAGCAAGCGGUCUUCGUGACCGAAUCCCUUAUGAAUGAAUCGUGCACUCUAGUUUGUUAGCAUUUUGACUGAAA